UGUUCGAAAAAUUCCGCCCAUUUGUCUGUCGGUUCGCCCCGAUGAGAGCGGAUUGCUCCAUUCCAGUAUGAUGUUCCUCCGAGUCCGUCUCCUCUCGCCUUUCACUCUCAAUGCCCAUUUCUCUCCUUCAUUGUCCUCUCUUUCAUCUUCAUCUAAGAUCUGCUCCGAUCAAAACCCUAGCUGCACAGAUCGCUCCUUAGGCUUCUUCUAUUCCUGGAAAUCCGCGGUUCCCUUUGCUUUGUCUCUCAGCCGCCGACGGAGCGGCUGUGGGUUUCUCCCAUCGAGGUGCGCCGUUCGUUUUUGCAGGGCGUCUUCUGGAAAUGUGAGUCGCGAACCCGAAGUGGGCGGUGACGACGACAGCGAUCAAUACAUACAGGCCUUGCUUCUCGUUCCAGAAACGGUCAGACACUACAACUCGUGGAAGCAGGGUUUUAUAGAAGAGACUAAAUUGCACUUGUCCGGUAAAAAAUACCCCUUUUCUAGUCAUAGAAGACGAGUAGACAACGUUCAUUCUGUUGGUCAUGAUUUUUUAAGGAGAUUUCAGAGUCCAACUGUUUUUCUGAAAAUUGCUUGUGACGGAGACCUAUUAUUGCCUAUCAUUGUAGGGGAAUUUGCAAUUAUUAGGCUCAUUGAUGCUAUUUCUGGUGAAGAACAUGAGGAAUGCCCUGAUCAGUUUCAAUUUGUCAAAAAUAUUGUGGGAACAUUCGGCUAUGAGGUUAGGAACUUCUACAAUAUUGACUGGUGGUUGGAGUUGAUGCAAACUUUGUGUUGUGGCAGACAUUGCGACUUGUUUUAUUGUAAACAUGGACAGAUUCGUUGUCAUUGCAUAUAUGUUAUUAGGACAAAGAUAUUUACAAAUGGUCUACUCAUUUAUGAAAAUGUAAAGAUGGUGCGUAUUACAAACAGGGUGGUCAAUACAUACUAUGCACGUAUAUAUCUCAGAAAGGAUGCAGACAAUACCAGUAUAUGCAUUGAUGCCCGUCCCUCAGAUGCAUUAAAUUUGGCAGAAAGAUUCAAGGCUCCAAUUUAUGUUAACAAGGAAAUUGUUGUGAAAGAUGCUAUUAAAGUUGUUUAUGGAAAUUGGAGAGCAGGAACUACCAAAAUGGUUUAUGAUGUAUCUCUUGACAGUGCACCAGAAGAACCAGAUCCGCUUAUUGAGGAGCUUGAUUUGGUUCAAAAAAUGAAUGAAGCAGUACUAGAGGAGAGAUUUGAAGAUGCAGCUUUGUGGAGAGAUAAGCUCACAAAGCUAAAAAUGCCCGGGCAGGAGCUGUAGAUAUUGUUUAAUUGAGGCUCAGUAUUGGAAGAGGAUCAGCAAAGCAGAUAAAUGGUAAAUAAAAAAAAAAUAAUUUAUACAGGAGCAUCAUCUCUAUAUGUAAAGCUGUAUAUGAUUGGGUUUGAGAAUAUUUGAAUGUUUUAAUAAAUUUUGUUGUUAAUAACCUCCCUAUGCAGUACAUGAAUCUAUUUGUCUUUCUCCAAGCCACAGGAAAAAAAUCACUUAAAAAUAAUCCGUCUCUAAUGUAAAAGAACUUUGAAAAUCCU